AGCUAUAAUUCCCACUCAUCUUCUCUAAUUACUCUCUCCCACACUAAACUUUCCUUUUUCCAUCAGCUACUACCCAUCCUUCCAAAACCCUUCCACUUCCCAUUUCCCCUCUCCUUCAAAACCCUAACCCUAACCCAAAAAUGUCCUCCAAAUCCAAGAAAUCAACCCCACAAAAACCAACCCACCACCCCUACUUCAAGGCCGGCGCAAUGGUGGAAGCCUCGUCGGACGACGACGGCUUCCGCGGCUCCUGGUACAUCGGCAAGAUAGUGCGGCGAGCAACAACGAAAGACCCUAACAAAUUCUUGGUAGAGUACGAGACACUCUUUAGAGACGAAGUAGGAAAGAAUCCGUUGAAGGAAAUUUACGAUGUUGCUCAGUUACGGCCAUUAGCUCCGAGAGAGAAGAACCGGAAAUUUAGAUUUGGCGAGAAAGUUGACGCUUAUCACAGUGACGGGUGGUGGGAGGGUUCUAUAACGGAGGAGUGUGAGGAUGGGAAGUUUGCUGUUUAUUUUAAAGGCUCCAAGGAGCAGAUUGUGUUUGGUUCGGAGGUUUUGAGGUUGCAUAGAGAGUGGGUUGAUGGGGAAUGGAAGCCUCCUUUGGAGGUUGAAGACGGGUCUCGGUCUCGGGAUAGGAUUUUGAAAGAGGUGGAGACUGUGAAAUUGGAGGUGGUCAAAGAGGAUAAGAAUAAAGAAGUGACAGUGCCGACUACUUUUGAAGUGAAUGACAUUGAAGCAGAGACAGAAGAGGGGUUUAGCAAGGGAAUGGAGGUUGAGAUCAGUAGUGAUGAAGAAGGUUUUCAAGGUGCUUGGUUUGCAGGAACUAUUGUUGAAGCGGUGGGAAAGAACAAGUACCUUAUUGAGUAUAAAAACUUGAGAACAGACGAUGAUACUGGUUUUCUAAGAGAGGAGAUUAUUACUGGAAACAUAAGGCCCUGUCCACCAGAAACCGUAAUGCUUGAACGUUUUAAAUAUCUGGAUGAAGUCGAUGCUUUAUAUAAUGAUGGUUGGUGGGUGGGUGUUAUUUCUAAGGUUCUCGGUGAUGAAAAGUAUAUAGUGUAUUUCAGGGAUAACAAUGAGGAAUUGACAUUCCGACACUCUGAAUUGAGGCUGCAUCAGGAUUGGAUAGCUGGUGAAUGGAUUGCGCCUUCAUCGGCUAUGAUACAGUAAUUGCUGGAAGAACUGCAAGGUAGUUUGUAUGAUCAUCGGCAGUGUUACAUGUAGAUACUAAAAUCCGGCUUCUUACGAUAUUCUGUGUGAAAGUAGCGGAAGCCAAAUUUUUCCGAGCUAUAUCACCUAGACAAGUUGCUCAUCCUUGGCUUUUUGAAUCUCCAGUUAUAUAGUAUUAGGUAUACAUAUGUUGAUUUCUUUUAGACUUUGGACUUCUCUAAAUGCAACUUCGAACUGAUCGGAAAAUGCAGUGUAGUUUUAAUUUUCCCCGCACAUUGUUGUACAAUGUCAAUGACCAUCUGAAGUCUGUAUCCCCUUGAGGGGAUUACCAUUUA